AUGACAUAUCUAUGCCCGAAAUUUCUCUCUACGAAAACGAGCGACAACGAAGAAGCAGAAGAGCAGAGACGGUCGAUUGCGGAUUCAAUUGAACAUCCACGUCUCCAGCCAGGCGCCGACAAGAUGUUCUCAAGGGCUGUUCUGCGGAGCGCUCGUGAACUACGGACAACUUCAUCUAUUCCUCCAAGUGCAUCACUCCUUUUUGCCAGCAAUCGAUGUCUUCACCAAGCUACGGCCGGCUCCCAAUUCAAAGCUACACAGCCCGAAAUACCUCCGCAAGGGCAGACACAAAACACUGAACGAUUCUCUCAUCUUCCCACCGGCUCUAUUCCAGAGGUGGCUUCUAUCUCGAUUCCUUCUGCGAAGCCAGCAGUACCACCUACUUUCACCAGCCCUCUAGAGCUCACACCCGCAAUUACGGCCCUUCUCCCCGACCUUGCAACUCAGCCUUCACACUAUAUAACCGCCCAUCUACAUGCACGACCAUAUCUGCUUACGGCGGGUGAUACCCUUCGACUACCGUUUCGCAUGCCAAAUGUCCAAGCCGGAGACGUGCUACGGUUAAAUAGAGCGUCAAAUAUUGGCUCACGAGACUUCACUCUGAAGGGUGCUCCUUAUCUGGACGAAAGACUUUUCGAAUGCCGAGUGCGCGUAAUGGGAGUCGAGGCUGAGCCAUUGCGGAUCAAGGAGAAGACGAAGAGACGACAGAGACAUGUUCAGCGAGUUAAGAGCAAACACAAGUACACUAUAUUGAAGGUGGUGAAUGUCAGAGUCAAGCAGCUUGACGAGCUUCUCGCAGAGGGAGCGAAGAUAGUGGGCCAGUGA